GUAUGCGAUAAUACAAUUCAACUGGGAAUCAAAGUACCUUGGCCAUCAGAAUGGUCUUAUAAUCAAUGGGUUGAAAAAAAAAACAAAUACCCUUGGCUCAUAUGCAUUGAUGGAAAAAUUGGUUGUGAAUAUUGUAAGUCAGUAGGUACAUUAAAAACAUUUCAAAGCAAAGGUGUUGAAAUAUCAAAAGAAUGGUGCUUAACAAUGAUUGAUGGUGGUUCCAAUACAGUUAAAGCUGCCAGAUUGACUAAUUUACGGCACAAUAUUUUGAAACAUAAGACCUCCAAAGCCCAUACGGAAACUGAAAAAAUUUCGCAACAAAAAUGUUCUAACUUGUUAAGCAAAGCUUUUCAAACUGGUAAAUCUAAUUUCUACGAUACAACGCAAAAAGUUUUUCGAUCAGCUUACUAUAUUUCUAAAUAUAAUAGACCUUAUGAUGACCACUCAAAAUUAAUUGAAUUACAGCAGCUCAAUGGACUUGACAUGGGUACUACAUUGCAUUCAAGGUACUCUAGUACAAAUAUUAUUUCCCAUAUUGCAGACAAAAUGAAAACUAAAAUAGUCCAAAAUAUAAUAGCAACAUCAUCUAAGAUUUCUAUUCUUAUAGAUGAAUCCACUACUGUUAGUUCUUUAUCAGGUAUGGUGGUUUAUGUUAAAGCAUCAAUAUUAAAUUCAGAACCUGUUUUUUUAUUUUUGGAUUUGGUAGAAUUAAAAAGUCAAACAGCUUCUAACAUAGUCAACCAAUUAAUAGAAUGUCUUCAUACUUCUGGAUUCACAGAGAAUUUUUUGGUAGAACAUUGGGUAUCAUUUGUAACGGAUGGAGCUAGUGUACUUCUUGGUAAAAAAAAUGGAGUGGCUGUACGUUUGAAAGAGAAGUAUCCUUUAAUUUUUAGCUGGCAUUGUCUUAAUCAUCUGUUAGAGCUAGCAGUCGGUGAUACUUUAAAGGAAAUAACUGCUACCAACCAUUUUAAGUAUUUUUUAGAUUCUUUAUAUUCUUUAUACAGUAGAUCUCCAAAAAAUCAAAUUGAGUUAAGAGAACACUGCACAAGUCUAAAUGAAAUUUUUUUAAAAAUUGGAAAAGUUCUUGAUGUUCGCUGGGUAGCAAGUAGUUUUAGAACAAUUAGUGUAAUUUGGAAAAUAUAUCCAGCAUUGUAUAAUCAUCUUGUUCAAGCCUCUAAAGAUACACUUCGUGAUAGUAAAACGAAAUCUAAGUACAGUGGGCUAA